AUGGCAGUGGUGGCGGUGGUGGCGGUGACGGCCGACUCGGCCGAGGCCAGAACCAUUCCGCUGGCUCAUCGGAGCGAUAGUGGCGGCAACGGCAGGCAGAUGAGCUACAACGUGAUGGUGCGGAGACAUGGCGAGGUGCUGCGCGAGGUGCGGGAUCCGACUCGACGGGUGUCCAUGGUUGACGACCAUGGCGUGGCCCACCUGUGCUCGUUGCCGGGUGCCUCCCGUAGCGAUGGGGGACAGCAUGACGUGGUCAGUGGCGACGGAGGUAUUGGCGAUGCCGGGCCGGUCAUGAUGGCGGACGUCGUCAGCUUGGAUUCUGGUCAAGGCUCGUGGAGCGGGAUGCUGCCUGCGGCGCUGGUUGCGCCGGCCUACGACGUGGCGGACAUUGCAGUUGUCGCCGACGCGCUUGACGCCCAUCCCGCCGCUGCUGCUGCCGAGUGGGUUCUGCGUGUCGACAGUGGUGGCGCGGUUGCGCUGGAGCUGCGUGUGGUCAAGUAUGACAAGGUGGUGGCGAGCACCGAGGUCGCAAGCGCAUCGGCCGAUGCUGCUCGUUGGCGGCGGAAGCCAUCUCCUUCGGACGCGGCACUGUUUGAUCUCGUCUUGGAGCUAUCUGGUCCGGAUGGACGCGAAGCAGCCACUGUGGUUGUCGCCUGUCCGUGGUCGCUGGACUUCUGGGACCGAACGGCUCAGGCUGAGCGGCUCGAGGCGGUCGAUUUGGUGGCACGGGCGAGGUUUGUAGCGCGGCUGUACGCGCCAGCAGUCUGCCGCACCUAUGCCGACGUUGCCGGCAUCGCACCGCAGCCAGCUGCCGUCGAGACCAUCGAGUGCGUCCCGGCUGCCACUGAAGACUCAUUGCACACGGCGGGCCCCGACACCGUCCGAGCCCAGCUCGACAACCUCGGCGUUGAACUCGACGCCGCUGCCAUCGAUGCCCUUCUUGCUACCCUCGCCGACCAACAAGCUCAGUCCAACGACGACACCGGCAUCGAGUCGGAGAAUGGAGGAUCGAUGAGCCCGCCGGUCGCGGUGGAGCACCCGGGCGUCGUCGGCUGGCACACCCGUGCCUGA